AUGGCUGAACCAGAAAAAGUUCCCUAUGACAGGCGAUCUGGUGACAGUGAGCGUACUGCCACUAACAUCGAGAAUGCCCCUCCCCGCAAGAGGUCCUUCGCGGACGUCGACAUGAGCAAACUGAGCGCCGCAUUUGAGAAUCCGCUCUCUAACACCCCCAAGGAGAAACUCCUAGAGGAUGUCGAGCUCUUCUGCCGAGAUAAUAAUCUAAUGGAGUAUAUCGAUUCAUUUCGCAAAGGCGCUUUGGUGGCCCAAUCUCCAAACGCCAUUGACAAUAUCGCCGAGUUGUCGUCUGAAGACCGAGAAGUGCUUCAGCGAGAGCACACGCAUCGCUGGUCUCAGCCAUUUACCCUCUAUUGGCUGGUUGUCAUGUGUUCGCUAGCAGCUGCUGUGCAGGGCAUGGACGAGACAGUAAACAACGGUGCCCAAGCUCUUUAUCUCAAACAACUCAACAUCACCACCAAGCGGUUCAGCCAAGGUAUGGUUGAUAACUUGACCGGACUGGUUGUUGGUGCACCGUAUCUAUGCUGUGCAGUUCUCGGUUGCUGGCUCACAGAGCCGUGUAACAGGAUCUUUGCCCGUCGAGGCACAAUCUUCAUUUCUUGUUUCAUUGCUGCCGUGGCCUCGGUUUGGGAAGGGGUUGCUAAUUCAUGGGUAAAUCUGUUUUUGGCACGAUUUGUUUUGGGCCUUGGAAUUGGUCCCAAAUCUUCCACAGUGCCAGUCUACUCUGCCGAGUGUGCCCCAGCCCCGAUCCGUGGCGCCUUGGUUAUGAUGUGGCAAAUGUGGACUGCUUUCGGCAUCAUGCUUGGAAACAUCAUGGGCGUGGCUUUUGGCGGGCUCGCCCCAGACCUUGGCUGGAGAUUGAUGCUCGGCAGCACUGUUGUCCUUCCUCUGAUUGUGUGCGCCCAAGUCUACUACUGCCCAGAAAGUCCCAGAUGGUACAUCCAGCACAACCGACCUGACAAGGCAUUCCGAUCCUUCCGACGCUUGAGGUUCACGGACCUCCAAGCCGCACGGGAUACUUAUUACACUUACGUUGGCGUGGAGCUUGAACGACAGGCUCACAAGGGCAAGAACUUGUUCACUCAGUUCAUCGAGCUUUUCACCGUUCCGCGCAACCGACGAGCAACCUGGGCAUCGUGGAUCGUCAUGUUCGGCCAGCAAUUUUGCGGAGUUAACGUGAUCGCGUACUACUCGACAACGAUUUUUUUGUCCAGCUCAUAUUCCGUUUCAGCCGCUCUGUUAGCAUCAAUGGGAACGGGUAUCCUGAAUUGGGUCUUUGCGCUGCCUGCCGUGUUUACCAUUGAUCGAUGGGGACGCCGCAACUUGCUACUCUUCACGUUCCCCUUUUUGGCGAUCUUCUUACUCUGGACGGGCUUCAGCUUUUGGUUUGACGACAAGAAAACCAAGGUGGCUAUGGUGACGACAGGGAUGUACUUGUUUGAGGUCUUCUACUCGCCUGGGGAAGGCCCUGUACCAUUUACCUACUCGGCAGAGGCAUUUCCUGUGCACGUUCGAGAUGUGGGAAUGAGUUUCGCGACGGCCACCACAUGGUGCUUCAACUUCAUUCUCAGCUUCUCCUGGCCUCAUCUGUUGACGGCUUUCAAGCCUCAAGGCGCAUUCGCGUGGUAUGGCGCAUGGUGUAUCAUUUUGUGGUUCUUGAUACUCCUAUUUGUUCCCGAAACCAAAGCUCUUACACUCGAAGAACUAGAUCAAGUGUUCAGUGUCAGCACUCGUAAGCAUAUGAGUUAUCAGUUGAAGAACGCUACCUGGCAUUUCCGCGUCUGGGUUUUGAGACAGAAACUCGAGCCGUUGCCACCGUUCUACCAUCGAGCAGAGAAGCUGAACGAGGCAUGA